GUGUUUCCUGGCAAAGAUCUUUGUGGACUAGUAGGCAGAUCAAAACUGAAGCUGACGAGACUUGUGCAUUUUGGAAAAAGAGUGCAAUCUACUGUAGUGAGGAACUGAGCCACUCAAUCACUGCGGCGGUAAAUAAGAGACAGAAGGAAAGGAAGAAAGAAGAGAGAGAGAGUCUUUGCUGGGGGCGGGGAGUGAAAGCAUUUUUGGUGGAUGGUAUAAAGCCAGCCAUGGAAACUGCAGCAGAGGAAAAUACAGAACAAAGCCAAGAGAAAAAAGUGAUCACCAGACCAGAAAUGGAAAUUGGCAGGUACCAAUGGAUGUACAGGAAUUCAAGGCUACACCAAUACCGUCAUGUGCCAGCAUUGAGAGGCAAUGUUAGUCCUUUGGGGAUUCAAGGUUGCUUUGAAUGUUGCAUUAAGUGCCUGGGAGGAGUUCCAUAUGCUUCACUUGUGGCAACUAUUCUCUGCUUCUCUGGGGUAGCAUUGUUCUGUGGCUGCGGUCAUGUGGCUCUUGCUGGGACCAUAUCUAUCCUCGAACAGAGCUUUUCCACAAAUGUCACUGACCAUGCUUUGUUAUCUGAAGUAAUAAAACUAAUGCAAUAUGUGAUCUAUGGAAUUGCAUCAUUUUUUUUCCUGUAUGGAAUUAUUCUUUUGGCGGAGGGCUUUUAUACGACAAGUGCUGUGAAGGAGCUGCAUGGUGAAUUCAAGACAACAAUCUGCGGUCGUUGCAUCAGUGGAAUGUUUGUUUUCCUCACCUACGUGCUUGGGGUAGCUUGGCUUGGCGUCUUUGGCUUCUCUGCUGUGCCAGUCUUUAUGUUCUAUAACAUAUGGUCGACUUGUGAAGUCAUCAGAUCACUCCCAGCAAAUAUGACAGCUUCAGCAGACCAGAUCUGUGUGGAUAUCAGGCAAUACGGAAUCAUCCCUUGGAAUGCUGUACCUGGAAAGGCUUGUGGGUCAGUCUUAGCGGAUAUGUGCAGCACACCUGAGUUCUAUUUGUCUUACCACCUGUUCAUUGUGGCCUGUGCUGGAGCUGGUGCUACUGUGAUAGCACUGAUCCACUUCCUCAUGAUACUGUCCUCUAACUGGGCCUACUUAAAGGAUGCAAGCAAAAUGCAGGCUUACCAGGAUAUCAAAGCAAAAGAAGAACAGGAGCUUCAGGAUAUCCAGUCUCGGUCCAAAGAGCAACUCAAUUCUUAUACAUAAAUGUUUGCCAGAGUCCUUUUCAGAAGAAUUUUGUAGCUCUGACAAAUCAUCAAGCAGCUGCUCUGCAGAACAGAUGUAUGUCCAAGCAAAUACAGAAGUAUAAAAACUUCACAUUCAUGCUCCUGGGCCAUGUUUAUAGGGAAAACGUACAGUGGAUAUCCUUCAUUCCUUUUAGCAGUGAGUUUGGGGUGGGUGGGGGACUGUCCUCAUUCUAGGCCACUUUAGAAAAACACCCUACCAAGCCAGUAAUCAUAGAAGAAUUGCGGAGGGAACAGACUCCUUCCCAAACAAGAUACCAGUUGGUAUCCAGCCCUGCAAUGAAUAGAAGAUUUUAAAAGACUUUACAUAAUUACAAGGUGUAAGUAACUAAGAUUCUAGUUCUUGACUAGACAGUUACUUACUUUUAUUCUGAAUACUGUUAUGCUUAUUUGAUACAGUUUCAGGAAGUUAAAAUCAGCUUAUCUAGUCUCUUGUCAAAAUUAAACCUGGAUUUUGUGGACUAAAUGCCAGAAGUGUUAUUUUCUGAGCCACUCCCGUUUCAAUGAUGCUGUAAUGAGCCACUGUUGUUCUACUGCACUUAUCGGAGUAAGCUGGGUGCUAUUGCCCCAAAUUUUUUUAAUUUAAAACUGUUUCAUGGAAUGUAGACAGACCCUCGGAUCAGGAUAAUGAUCCCCUUCUCUGAAAAUAAAUGUCAGCUUUGCCUUAAUAUUUAUUUUCUGUAAAUGUCUUAAGCAUUUAUAUAGCAGCGGGAGAUCAUUAUCCUGUCUGUAUUUUAUCAAAGCGGAAAGUGUUACAUAGUAGAAAUGACAAUAAUUUAACUGUUUCAAGUGAGCAGAUGAGAAUUUGUAAAAUUUAAAAACCCAUAGCCAUACAGAGCACAGGUCAACCACCCGUCUCAAUUUUGGUGCUCAAUGCAUUUAUAGACAGUACUUAUUUUCUCCUAUACAAAAUGUGGUGUUCAGUAAAAUAUUGGGUGCCAUUUUAAAACUGUUUCCCACAAAAUUUGCCUUUAACAUUUUCAGAAGCAUUCAGUGCUAGCUUGAGUACUAGUGAUGGUAUCUUUGGUGUGCUAUUUUUAAAUAUAUAUAUAUAUAUAUAUAAAUGUUGGAGAAAAUUAAAGUACAUCAGUGAGUUCUAAAUCAGUAAAAAGUCAAGUCAUAAAUCUAUGUUUUGAAUGUUUGCUGAAUAUUAAAAUCUUCCUUUCGACCGUGUAGAAGUGUAUAAAGAAAAAAGUACACAAUUCAUUAAAAAGGUUAAAGGAAAAAAUAUUAAUGUGGAAAAAAAUUCAGGUAUUACCUUGCAUUUGAGUUUGUUACAUGCCUAUUUUUUUUAAAGAGGCAAAAUCUAUAUAGAACAGAAAAAAAUAGCUUAGUGUUUGUUUUUACCUGUUGCAUGAAGGAAACAAAUUUCUACAGCAAUGCAGGUGAUGUUCUUUCUAGUCCAGUGUUUGCAUAAAGGUAACAGACAGUGUCUUAAAGCCUAAUUCUUUUCUAAUUCUAUGUAGCUAUUACUGGGAGUUUUUUGAAGUUUUGUUUAAGUAGUCUAAUAUUUUUUAUGUAAAGAGCAUUCAAUUUUGCUAUGUAUAAAUUUUUGUAACCUAACCGUGAAUCAAUAUUUUCUAUCAGUGCCAAGGGCUUCCUGUAGUUAUAUCCAAGUGUUACAAUAAAUAUUUGUAGAUAAUAGAACCAAUAUUUGCGUAUGCUUAUUUUAAGAAUCCUUUCAAAUGAACAGCUGAGGUAGUAUAGAUGGUUAUCCCCAUCUAGUGUUUGAGAGGGACACUAUUAGAAGCUUUGGCAUGUAUAGAAAUGUUUGGAAACCAGCAUAAAUAAGGAGAUGGAUCUUUUCCUGCAUCUGUGUCCUGAUCCCUCACACUACCAAUGUAGUUCUCAUGUACGGACCUUCAGUGUAUGGGUAUCUCUGAAUUGAGUUUGAGUUUCAAAGGUGUGUGUUGAUUGAAUGUGGAUCUGUCACUAUCAGUUUACCUUUAACAUUUUAUGCUCAAACUGCAAAAAAACAAACAAAUAAA